CCAGUCAUGACAUCCAGCAGAAGAAGCAGUGGAGAGCAACCGAUUGUCGCGCCGCCACACCGGAUAUCAAUUGGCCGUGGAGGUAGAGGAAAUAUGAUCGCGCCCGAAGAAAUCAAAGACGAAUUGAAGAAAGCGUCCAGUAAUGACGAGCAUGACGCAUUGGCCGAACACAAUCACCGCAGAUCAAGCAGUAGUUGGUCCUUGCAUUCUGGCAGCAGUGGUGGAGCAUCAAAGACAGAAGCCAUCAAAGAUUUUUUCAGGAGAGGAAGUCAAAGUCGACGGAAAGAUAUGUCUCAGGAUGAAAUUGUGGAAGGAGAGGAAGAGAAAGAGGAAGAUGCGGUUGAAGGAUGA